AUGCGGCCGCGGCGGGCGGCGCCCUCGCGCGCGCGCGCGGCCUCGGCGGCCUUGGUCGCGGUGCUGGCCGCCGCGGCGCUGCCGGCGGCCGCUGAGGAGGAUGAGCUGGGCUCGAAGUCCUCCGACAUCCUCGAGGUGCUCGCCUGGUGCAGGGGCGUGGAGGAUCUCCUCGACUGGGGGCAGGUGCUGCGGCUGUCGAAGACCGAGUGCCGCCUCGAGACCGAGGACGAUGACGUGCUCCGGACCCGCUGCAGCCCGCAAGGGCUGGCGGCAGUUGUGGACGGCGCCCUCUUGCUCGUCGAGCACGCCGCCGAGCACAAGUUCGGAUGCGCCAACGGCAUCGUGUUCAUCCUCUCGAUUGCCCUCGCGUACCAGCGGGACGCCCUCGCCGAAAAGGCCCCUCGGGCGCAGGUGCUCCUGUGGCAGGCCCUGCAGGAGAACUUCAUGUUGGACGCCAGCCCAUGGCCUGUAAAGACGUUCGACGUCCUGCAGCUGUUCGACCACCUGCCGCCCGCCCUGUCGUUCGAACCCGUCCCGGCACUGAGCCUUGAGGCGCUCACGCUGGUCGUCCCGAGAUGCCCGGCGCUGCUGGCCUCCUCGAUCAUGGAUCGGUUUCCCGGCGCGCGAGUCAUCGCAGGUUUGCCCGACGAUUUCCUGUCGGCGCCCAAGGGCUGGACGCGGGUCGAGGGCGCCUGGGGCCGCCCGUCGGGCGUUGUAUUGAACGAGAUGUUGGCGGCCGCCGAGACGCCGCUGGUGCUCGUGGUCCUCGGCGCCGCGCUGCCCGAAGGCCUGCCGCAGCUGGAGAGCCCCGCGAGGGCCCUGCGGGACAGGCGGCUGGUGGCCGCGGCGGGGCCGGUGCUCAGCGAGGAGGGCGUGUACAUGGACUUUUGCUACCGGCUGCAGCUGCGGCACUACGCCGUGAGCUUCGACGCCGUGUACCAGCACAGCGUGAUCUUCGACGAGGGCUCCGCGUCGUCCAUCCGCGGCAGCUGGUUCCACGAGGACCAGGACGGCGCGGGCAGGCGGGACGACCAGUGGCCGUGCAAGCUGUGCGAGACGCUGCCCCCGACUUUCCUGGGCCUCACGGACGCCGUGCGCUCCGUCGGCUUCCAGCCCACGCUGGAUGGCGAGUGGGCCCUGCUGGACUUUGCCCUGCGCGCCGCCCGCGCCCCGUUGGUGGGGGCGGCCGGCGGCGGCGCGGCCUCCGGCGCCACGCAGCCCGGCCGUAGACACGCCGGCGCGGCGUUCGCCAGCUGCCCCGCCGCCGUGGUGCGGGAGGUGGCGUCACUGGGCGGCCCGCACCUGUACGGGCGCGGCGACGCGCCGCGCGGCGUGUCGCCGUCCGCGCCGCUCUUUGGGGGCGACGCGGCGUCGCUGGGGCCGGUGCUGGGCGGCGGCGAGGCUGAGCCGCUGGACCAGGCGCAGCUGUUCAUGAAUAUUCACCACCUGCGCGAGUUCACCGGUCCCGAGGGAGUCACCCGCCACUUCGGCUGCGGGCUCGAUGGCCCCAACUGCCCUGUGCCGGACUGGGUGUACCGCGGCUGGGCGGCCCCUCCCUGCUGCAGGGAGACGAUGCGGCACCUGCUCUUCUAUAUCGACGACGUGUUCCGAGAGCUGGGCGUCCGCUACAUCGUGACCGAUGGGGCGCUCUUGGGAUCGCUCAAGUUCGGCUCGCUGAUGCUGUGGGACUCCGACGUGGACCUUCAUAUCUACGACGAGGAUUUCGACCGACUGGAGGCGGAGGUCCAGUACCGCGUCGAGCGCGACGGGCACUUCUUGAGAAAGCACACCAACAACAACUCGUGGCUGCUCCAGGCGAACGAGGCAAAUUAUCUCCUGAUCGAGCUCAAUCGCAGGCUGGAGGCCUGGGACCCCGAGAAGGUGUGGCAGGUGCCCAUCCAGGGCAGGCUUUUCCCCGCAAUGGAGGACGCGCACGUCAAUCUCUCGUCGUGGUAUGGCUACUCCUUCUUCCGGCACCGGCUGCGCCACGUGCCAGAGUGGGAGGAGGAGAACAGGCCCAUGUUCUGCUCGACGCCGUACCACCACAACUGCGUCGACGAGCUGCAGGUACCGAGCGGCGUGGACUGCCAGCGAGUGGGCGUCUGUUGA